AUUGGCGAUUGUUGCAACAUAAAAACAGAUAUGAAAGUUGUAAGCGCUGUAAUGGACAGCCUGGCCUGCAGGGGGCAGUGUGCCAUCUACAUUUAUAAACUUCCUGAAAUCCCAGAGCUGAGGAGUGACACUUCCUUCUACAAAGUCGCAGGGACAGAAUGUGGGGGAGUUUGGCCUCCCUGUGCCUCUCCUUGGCCUCCUGGCUGCUGCUUCUCCUCGUCCUCGGCCUCCUUGUUGCUUUCCUGGUCUUCUGCGCCUAUGUCAAGUACAUGCACAUGAAGUAUGACCACAUCCCCGGACCCCCCCGAGACAGUUUCCUCUUUGGUCACACUUAUUCCCUUAAGAAAGCGUUAGACAACCUCAAGGUGACGCACGACCUCUACCUGAGAUGGACAGAAGAAUACGGCCCCGUGGUUAGAUUAAACUUCAUGCAUAAUGUGAUGUUAAUUGUGACCAGUCCAGAGGCGGUUAAGGAAUAUAUGAUGUCAUCAAAAUAUCCAAAGGAUCCAGAUGCCUACAACCGGCUGUUCUAUAUAUUUGGCAAGAGAUUCAUGGGGAAGGGAUUAGUGACUGAUCCAGAUCAUGAACACUGGUAUAAACAGCGACGCAUCAUGGACCCAGCAUUUAGCAACACGUAUCUCCGGGAGAUGGUCGGGGUCUUCAAUGAAAGGGCGGAGUGCCUGAUGGAACGAUUGGCUGAGAAAGCAGAUGGGAAACAGCAAGUGGGUCUGCACUCAAUCAUCAACUGCGUCACCAUGGACGUCAUCACCAAGGUCGCGUUCGGCAUGGAACUGGGCCUGACAGAGGGAAAUAAAAGUAAUUUCCCAAACGCAGUCGCUCUGGCUCUAGAGGGGAUGAUAAAAUAUAUACAAAACCCGUUCAUGCAGUACAUGCCCCAGCACCGAGCAUACGUCCGUUCAGUCGAGGAAUGUGCUGUUCUGCUGCGGAAUACAGGCCGAGAAUGUAUCGAGCAGAGGAAGAGAGCGAAGCUGAAUGGAGAGGAACUUCCCAAAGACAUCCUGACCAAGAUCCUGGAGUGUGCGGAUGAGCAGAACGGGUUGGACGAUGAGGUUAUGUUGGACAAUUUUGUCACCUUCUUUGUAGCUGGACAAGAGACCACAGCAAACCAGCUGUCAUUCACCAUGAUGGAGCUGACGAGACAGCCGGAGAUCACACAGAGACUGCGGGCGGAGAUUGAUGAGGUCAUCGGCUUCAAAAGGGAUCUCAGUUAUGAUGACAUCACAAACCUGACUUAUAUGACCCAGGUGCUAAAGGAAUCUCUGCGCCUCUACCCGCCUGCCCCCGGGACAUCACGUUAUAUAAAGGACGACGCUGUCAUUGAGGGCAUCAAGAUACCAGGAGGUGUGCCCCUCAUGUUUGACCACUACGUCAUGUGCAGAAUGGAGAAGUUCUUUCCUGAUCCUUACAAGUUUGAUCCAGAAAGAUUCAGCCCAUCGGCUCCCAAGCCGUACUAUUGCUACUUCCCGUUUGCGCUGGGUCCUCGCUCCUGUCUCGGUCAGGUGUUCUCUCAGCUGGAGGCUCGGGUGGUGCUCAGUAAACUUCUGCAGAGGUUUGAGUUUUCGUUGGUCCCCGGUCAGUCCUAUGAGGUGAUGGACACUGGGACGCUCCGGCCCCGGGAUGGAGUCGUCUGCACCCUGACCGUCCGCCCAGAAGCUUCUUAGUAACAGACGAUGAGUUUUCAUUUAUCUCUUUCUAUUAAAACAAUGAUUGUAAGUGACGUCUCUUUGUGGAGGAUUCCCUAAUCAUCUUAUCUUCUAGGCUCCAUCCUGACAUUCUCACUAUACACCCCUGAUUGUACAGUGUCUGUUGUCAUCCGAAAGCAGCGCCACACCUGACUAUGGGCCGUGUCUGGUAUUGCAGUUCAGCUCCAUUCACUUCAUCGGAGAGGAGCUGCAAUAGUUCAGUUAGCCUGUAGACCGGAGUGGUGCUGUCUCUGCGAGAAUACAGCUACGUGGCCAGUGUUGGGUUUUCUGUAAUGAGAAGUUUGCAUUUUAAUUCUUCGAGAAUUUUUCUGGUUACUGUAAGCAAGCAGAGAUCUUGAAAUUGUGACUUAUUAAAAAAAAUAAACUAUAUUUCUGUCCUGGUUACAACGUAACAACUUGGACCUUUUCAGCCUGGGGACGGGACAGGAGAAUGGUUUUUAAUACUGUGUAUAAGAAUUGUCUACACUGAUACAUUGCAGCAAACCCUCAGUGUGAGCAGGACUACACUGACCUACAUGUCUGAAUAAUGCUCAGAGAUGAGGGCUUCCUGUAUUGCA